UCUUCACCUCCGUUCCUCUCUGCUCCCCCACUUAUUCCUUCUUCCUCUUCUCCUCCUCCUCCUCCUUUGACUCCCUCCGACUCGCCUCCCUCUCCUCCUCCCUGCUGCCCUCCGGGCUCAGAGGGGCCGGGGGGCUUCAGCGAGAGACUGUUGGGGAGCACCUCAGUGUGGAGGGUGAGCCAGCUGGACCCGGAGCAGGUCGCCAGAGGCCUGGAGAGGGAGGCCGCCGGGGUGUUCCUGGUCCACUGCAGAGGCGACGAGGCCACUUUGUUGUCAGUUCGCCUCCCUAAUGGACGAGGGGAGGCUGCCAUGCACAACAUACCAGUCAAGGAGUAUGGGAAAUUUCUGCAUCUAGAGGGUUCCUGCCUGCUUUUUGACAAUAUCAUCAAGCUAAUUUCAUUCUACUGUUUCAGCAGGGACAUCUUACCGGUCACUCUGCGGUUACCCAAGGUCAUCACCAUUGCAAAAAAAGAGGAACUCUCGGUGGUCUCUGCCAUGGCAAAAGAGUUCUGCACCAUGGCUCUCCCACUGCAUGACGGUGAGACAAACGAACCGCCAGCACCCCGGCCCCAGUUCUGUCAUGUUGUCCCCAACGUUGUGGAGCGUCUCACACACUCGGACAGCGUCUGGGGGGAGAGUCCUGUCCUCAGUACGGCCUCCAGCAGAGCAGCCGAUGAGGCCGCCCCGAGGCCAGCCUCUGGGGUUCCUCUACCGCUACAGAGGGCCCCGCUCUGCCCCGAGGGAGACGCCCCCCCCGCUCAGCCACACAGCCUGCCCAACGGCACCACUGUCCCACCGCCGGACACCAUGGGCCAGAGCAACAAGCUGAGGUUCAAGCGGCCCCCGCCGCGGCCACCGAGUCUGUGUGCCGGGUCGCCGGCCGGGCCGCCCUGUGGCGCGGCGGGGGGGGCCGGGCCGCCCGGUGGCGUCGCUAGCCCUUCGGCCGUGGGAGAGGAGGGACGCUUUGAGAAACUGCUGAAAGAAGCGAGGAAGACGGAGCCCCCGCUGUCGCCCCCUCCUCCAUCAAGACCUCCUGUCCCGUGGCAGGCCAGACCCCCGCCCUGCCAGCCCCCGGCCCCGCCGCGCCGCGCCUCCCCAAACACGGCUCCUGGUGGAGGCACCGAGGGCCCCAUGGGGGAGGAAGGAGAGGGGGCAGGACAGGAGCAGAGAGCGUCAGGCUCCCCCACCAUCGGGGACCUGCUCCAGCUGGAGGCCCCUGCUCACAGCAGCCAGACAGACGGACGGACGACAGAGGAGAGGGAAGAAGAAGGAGGGAAGGAGAGA